AUGGAUGGCGCCGAGUUCGCUCAGCUUUCGCAUGCUCAAAUCCAGAAGUUGAAAGAUGCUUUCCAGUAUCUCGACGAAAACAGCGAUGGAAGAAUAACGAAAGAAGAUCUCCUAGCCGUCUGCACAGGACUUGGAAUGCACAAAAGUGAGGAAGAAAUAAUCAAGAUGAUACCUUCAGAAACCCAAGACAUUACAUUCCCUUCUUUUUUGGCACUCAUGGGUGAGAAAUUGUCAAAAUUGCCAGAGACCAGCGAGAUCGAAAAUGCACUGCGAAGUUUCAGUAGCCCUGAAAAUGGCGAACUUAACAUAGACACAGACGAGUUACUCCAGUACAUGUCUUAUCUGGGGCCGGAUCUCGAAGGAGAUAUAGAGGCUGUAUUCAAAACGUUUGUGACUGAACAACUGUCGGGAAAAGCGGCCUUCAAGGGUAAUAAGUUUUUGGAAGCGAUCGGGGAAUGA